UCCCUGGAUCACUGCAGGACUGACUCCGUCACAGACCUAUAACAAGAGCACGGGGACUGCUGAAUUGUUUAUUGAUAAUAAGAGGACAGAUUUUCUUCAGAGAAUUAUAUUUUCACAUUUUUUCUGAUGUCAAUUACAACUGAAAAGGUCUGUUUUCAUCACUAGUUGGACUGAAAACCAGAGCAGCAGGAGUUUGAUCACAUUGCUAGAUAUUGUGACUAGUAUAUUUAAGCUAUGGAGCGUAUGAAGUUAGUCCUGCAGUACUUUCAGUCCAACUCUGAGUCCAUCUCCAAUGGGAUCUGCAUCGUCCUGGCCUUAGUCAGUGUCAAGCUCUACACCAGCUUUGACUUUAACUGCCCGUGCCUUCCUCAGUACAACAAACUCUACUCUCUGGGAGUGAUGAUCGUCCCGCCUGUCAUACUGUUCUUUGUCGGGGUCCUGGUCAACCGUCAUACAGGCGUCAUGAUGGACGAGUGGAUGAGACCCGUCGGGGAAAGAUCCAAAAAUCCUGCUGUGGUAAAGUAUCUGUUCUCAGCCAUGCUACAGAGGGCGAUGCUGGCACCGAUGGUGUGGAUACUGGUCAGUUUGAUGGAUGGAAAGAUCUUCAUCUGUGCCUUCAGUGUUAGUGUAGACCCUGCACUCUUCUCAGGUUUGCCCAACAAUACAGGUCUGGAUGUGAUCAAAGUCAUGGCCAAAGUGCCCUGCAAGGAGGACAUUAUCUUCAGGAACAGUUCUUUCCGCAAAGCUGUCUCCCGUUACGUUCGUUGCUAUUCACAAGCAAUCGGCUGGUCCAUCCUCCUCUUCCUGAUUGUAUUGGGAGCAGUGGGACGCAUUGUCAAGCCCUAUUUCGACAACCAUGCCAUGUCCCUGCAGACACGCUACUGGAGCAACUACCUCGACGUGGAGCAGAAGCUCUUCGACGAGACCUGCGUCCUGCAUGCCCGCGACUUCGCCCGCAAGUGCGUGGUGCAGUUCUUCGAGAACAUGAGGGAGGAUGCAGUGCUGCGUCUUCCCUACCCGUUCUUCGUCGCCAACCCCAAAGGGGAGUGGGAGUGGGAGGAAAGGGAGGAGAGACUCUACGGGAUCUCUAAGCAGGAACAGGUUGACCAGCUGCUCGACAAGUGGUACCACAGUAAACCUGAGCUGGAUGUCACCAGGAUAGCCCACAGGCCCCAAACGUGUGUUACCUGGGAGGACCUUAGAGGGAAGACCAUGUACUCGGAUGUGUAGGACACACUGCCGUAAAAGCUGCAGGGGGGGUCAGGGUCAGAAAUCAGGGGCAUUUUUUCCCCAUUUUUUUCCUUUAUUCUUACCCUGAUCUACGUAUAUGGGUUGUAAGUGCUCUCUCAUCCUUUGUCUCAUCCUCAUCCGUCCCUUUCUCUGUGACUUCCCUCUUUGGUAACCUACCAGUCUAUUAGAAAUAAUCGCUGUGGGAUAUCUUUCCUUCACCAAAGCUGAAGCUGAAGCUUUUUCUAGUCUGACUUUUUCUGGCGGGCGUACGGCCAUGCAGUAGUAGGUCUUGUUAAAGUCAGACUGAGUUAAAGUCAGACUGGUCAAAGGUCCACUGACUAAUGAUUCAGAAAAUGGACUCCAUCUUGUCAUUGAGCAAAUGUAGCUGCCACAGAGAUCCUCACAGGAGUGAAUAAUUCCCUCAGAAGGCAUUUAUUCUUAUGUGUUUUUGACUUAUAAAAACAAUGGGCACUGUCUGGGCCAAACCGUGUUUGGAGGGUAAUUUGACUAUGCCAGUGUGAGGUCUCGCUAGUUUACAUAUAGGUUGUUCACAGAUUGCUGGAAACAUGCAAAAGGACUUAUGGAAUCAAAUAACUAUAUGACUCUCUCAAAGAUGAUUUAGAACUUUUAUUUUAUUUAGAAGUUUUGGCCAUGGGGUUAGCUUCUGUUCCAUUUCUGUGUUUUUGUUCUUUUUGUACUUUUCAUGUGCUGUCAGUGCUUCUCACAGCUAAUAGUUUUUUUUUUCAAUGGUGGUUGGCAGUUCUGCAUCGGCUCGUGUGUUUAACCAAUGUACAGAAAUAUUUCUUAAUUUUCUUUUUGUUCGAGUACCUAUUAAAAACAUCCCCUCAAAACGGAA